AUGACCAUAAUACCAUUAUAUAUUCAAAAAUUUAUAAUUAAAUUACUGUGUAAACAUAUUGAUAGACAAAAUAAGACAUUGGAAAUUAUAACAGAUCUUGAUUCAGAGUAUAGAAAGAAUGAAUCUAUUAAUAAAAAGUUAAUGUUAUCAUUGGCAUUGGUUUGUAAAGAUUGGUUUAAAACAUUAUCAAAUAAUUUAACAGUAUCAGUUGAUUUUAAUUAUAAAGAUCAAUCAUCAACAAGUAUAUCAUAUGGUAAUAAUAAUAAUAAUAAUAAUAAUAAUAAUAAUAAUAAUAAUAAUAAUAAUAAUAAUAAUAAUAAUAAUGAAAUUAAUAAUGAAAAAUAUUCAAUAAUUAAAAGAGAGAAUAUUAAAACCAUUAAAUUACAUCAUGAUUACAAGAAACCAUACUUUUAUAAAAUUAUUGGACCAGGUGGUGGUGGUUCAAUAAGAGCACCAGAAGGAGAGAAAGAAAUUACAAUUAAUGAAAUCGAUAAUAGAUUUGAAAAUUUAAUAGAAUAUCAAAAACAAUUACAACAACAACAACAACAACAAAAAAAAAAACAACAAAAUGAAAAUCAAUUAAUUAUUAAUAUACCAUUUAAAAGAGUUUUAAUUAGAAAUAUUAAUAUUGUUAAUUUUAAUGAUAAUAUUGAUAAAUUAAUUAUAUUUAAAUUUAAAGAGAACGAAAUCGUUAAAAGUAAUAUACAAUUAUUGGAAUUGGAAAUUAAUCAAUCAAGUAAUUUGAAGGAUUUAGAAAAGUUAAAGAAAAGAGUGACCAAAUUAUUUUCACUCUAUAUUCAUUUUUGUACAGAAUUACAGGAACCAGUUAUAAAUGAAGCAUUUAGAUAUUGGAAUCAUUCAUUAAAUCAAUUAUUUGUUUCACAAACAUUAAGAAUAACUGAAAUUUUUUCAAAAAAUGCUUCUAUGAUUUCAAAUGUCAAAUAUUUAGAAAUUUAUGAUUCAGCAAUCUCUUUAAAAGAUUUAACAUUUUUAUUAUCUCCAUUGGUCUUUAAAGAUUUACAUCAUCUUUUUGUUGGUAUUUGUUUAAGAAAAUUAGUGUAUUGUUUAUCUGAUACACAAGAUAAACGUUCAGAUUGUAUAUGUAAUUGUUUGACAAGCUAUUCUUCAAUUAAUGACACUUUCAAAGACCAAGAUUCAUUCAAUAAUGAUUGGUUAGAAUUAAAGGAGAUGGUAACAAACAAAAAUAAAAAUUUAACAUUGGAAUCUUUGUUUAUUGGUAAUUCUUGUACUACCUAUGGUGCUUCAUUACUUUGGAGUUCAGAAAAAUUCAAAAAAUCAUUUAUAAAUAAUUUCACUUGCUUCUUGUCUUGGAUAUCACCUUUAAAAAAGUUUUCGAUACAUGGUGGCGAUAACUCUAUCAUUCUCUUUAAUAUAAUGGAAAACUUAAAAAAUAUAAUCUAUUUCGAAUCAAUGGUUGAUCAAAUAUCUGGUAGUGUGGAUGAUUAUAAAUUUAAAUUCAAUUCUUUCAUUUCAAAAAAUCAACAUAUCAAACAAUUUAAAUUAUUAAAAUUAACUGUUUCAAAUAAUGGUUUCUCAAAAAAUUCUUUAAUUGAUUAUAAAAAUUCUUAA